AUGUUCGUGCAGCAUUUAGAGUUUCAGAGCACCAGAGUUUUCCCCAGGAUCCGCCUGGGUGCAGGGAAGGUAUCAGUCAUCAACUUGACACCCAAGGAAAUGAGCCUCCCAAGGGACCACCAGAGCCAACCCCAGAAGACCAAGGCUCUGCAGCCUGCUCAGCUGGUCUUCCUGCAGGACCCUGCCUGGUGUCUGGGACCAGCCCUCCCCGUGCUUCUUGGGAAGAGCAGCAAGCGACUGACCUUGUUCCUGUGCUCCUGCCUGCUUUUCCGCUCCGUGGCCACCGGGGACGCAAGAACCUCGUCUCUGGAGAUGCCUGAGACCAGCCAGGGCUUUGCCUCCCUACCUCGGAGCUGCAGAGAAAUCAAAAAAGAUCAUCCAAACUCGAAGGAUGGGCUAUAUCGGCUCCGAACAAAGAACGGGCUCAUCUACCAGACCUUCUGUGACAUGACCACGGAGGGGGGCGGCUGGACCCUGGUGGCCAGCGUACAUGAGAACCACCUCGCUGGGCGGUGCACUGUGGGGGACCGCUGGUCCAGCCAGCAGGGAAACCGUGCUGACUACCCAUCUGGGGACAAUAACUGGGCCAAUUACAACACCUUUGGGUCUGCUGAGGCGGCCACCAGUGAUGACUACAAGAACCCCGGCUACUACGACAUCCAGGCCUUGGACCUGAGCAUCUGGCAUGUACCUAACCAGACUCCACUGGGCUCCUGGAGAAAUAGGUCACUGCUGCGGUAUCACACCUCCUCGCACUUCUUUCGUAAACUUGGAAACAACCUCUUUGGCGUCUACCAGAGAUACCCUGUGCGGUAUGGCCUUGGCAGAUGUUGGAAUGAUAACGGCCCUGCCAUUCCUGUGGACUAUGACUAUGGAAAUGCAAAAAUAACUGCCUCUUACUACUCCCCCCUGGGUCAAAGGGAGUUUCAGGCUGGGUUCAUCCAGUUCCGGGUGUUCAAUAAUGAGAGAGCAGCCAAUGCUCUGUGUGCAGGGAUGAGAGUCACAGGGUGCAACACAGAACAUCACUGCAUCGGGGGAGGCGGCUUCUUCCCAGAGGGCAACUCCCGGCAGUGUGGAGAUUUCUCUGCCUUUGACUGGAGCGGUUACGGGACUCACAAAGAGGCUAGCAACAGCCGGGAGAUCACAGAGGCAGCAGUGCUUCUGUUCUACCGCUGA